ACUUCGGCUAGCCCUGUCUUCAUUAUCUAUCAAAGAUGGCGGACGAAAGAGAACGUGGUGGCCGCGACAGAAAUCAGUCUGAAUCCGCCAGUUUAGGCGGCAGCGAAGAUCAGGAAUCCUUCGUCAACGGCCACGAUGAACCAGACUUCAGUGAUCCAGAAGAUUACGUGGACAAUAUUUCGGACGAAGAACUCCUCGGAGACCUCCUUAAACAGAAACCCAAGGAGGCAGAUGGCAUUGACUCAGUCAUAGUGGUAGACAACGUGCCUCAGGUUGGGCCUGAACGACUGGAGAAACUCCAGAAUGUCAUCAGGAAGAUCUUCUCCAAGUUUGGCAAGAUCGUGAGCGAGUACUUCCCAGAGGGAGACAAUGGCAAGACAAAGGGGUACAUUUUCCUUGAGUACUCAUCCCCAGCCAACGCCCUUGAAGCCGUGCGGAACUGUAACGGGUACAAACUGGACAAACAGCACACCUUUGCUGUCAACCUAUUCUCCGACUUUGACAAGUACUCUGGCAUUCCUGAGGAGUGGGAGCCACCAGAGCAACAACCCUACAAAGAUCCAGGUAACCUGUGGUACUGGCUGGAGGAUGCCGAGUGUAACGACCAGUACAGCGUGAUCUACGAUGGCGGGGAAAGGACGGCCAUCUUCCAAAACACGUACGGUGGCACCGAACAGGCACUGGUGGAGGAACGAGCUAGGUGGACUGAGACAUAUGUACGCUGGUCGCCUAAAGGCACGUACCUGGCAACGUUUCACCAACGCGGCAUCGCUCUGUGGGGAGGAGAGAAGUUCCGACAGAUCCAGCGAUUCAGUCAUCAAGGAGUUCAACUGAUAGACUUCUCUCCUUGUGAAAAGUACAUGGUGACCUUCAGCCCCCUGAUUGACAGUAAGGAUGAACCCCAGGCCAUCAUCAUCUGGGACAUCAACACAGGUGUGAAGAAGAGAGGCUUCCACUGUGAGAAUGCUGCACAGUGGCCCAUCUUCAAGUGGAGCGCUGAUGGGAAGUACUUUGCUAGGAUGGGACAGGACAGUCUCAGUGUGUACGAAACACCGUCAUUCGGUCUCUUGGAAAAGAAGAGUAGCAAGAUUCCUCAUAUAAGAGAGUUCUUCUGGUCUCCCACGGACAACAUCAUCGCGUACUGGACCCCGGAGAAGGACAACAUCCCAGCCCGCGUCACCCUGCUGGAGAUCCCGUCUCGUCAGGAGAUCCGCACCAAGAACCUGUUCAGCGUGGCCGACUGUAAGAUCUACUGGCAGAAGCAGGGAGACUACCUGUGUGUCAAGGUGGACCGCUAUACCAAAAGCAAAAAGGGCCUGUUCUAUAACCUAGAGUUGUUUAGGAUGCGAGAAAAACAAAUCCCAGUGGACGUUGUGGAAGUGAAGGAGGUGGUGAAUGCCUUUGCCUGGGAGCCCAAUGGGGAGAAGUUUGUAGUUCUCCAUGGAGAGUCUCCCCGGAUCAGUGCCAGCAUCUACAAGAUGUCCGGCAAGGUCGAGCUUCUCAAAUGCUUGGAGAAGAAACAGGCCAAUCACCUGUUCUGGAGCCCACAGGGACAGUUUGUGGUGCUGGCGGGUCUUCGCAGCAUGAAUGGUGCUCUGGAGUUCAUUGAUACCAACGACAUGACAGUAAUGAACGUGGCGGAACACUUCAUGGCCACCGACGUGGAGUGGGACCCGACCGGGCGCUACGUCAUCACGGCUGUGUCGUGGUGGGGACAUAAGGUGGACAAUGCCUUCUGGCUGUGGUCAUUCCAAGGACGUCUGUUACACAAGCAGAACUUGGACCGCUUCUGUCAGCUGCUGUGGCGCCCGCGGCCCCCCUCCCCCCUCACCGCCUCCCAGAUCAAGAAGAUCAAGAAGAACUUGAAGCAGUACCAGAAGCAGUUUGAGAUCAAGGACAAGAUGAGGAUGUCCAAGGCCUCCAAGGAAUUGGUUGAGAAGCGCCAUGCUCUGAUGCAAGACUUUGAGAAGUACCGGAAAAAGAAGCGUGAGCUGAACCGUCAACAGAAGGAACAGCGCUUGGCACUACGAGGAGGUGUGGACACUGAUCGUCUGGACAGUGAAUCCGACGUAGAAGACGAGAAAGUUGAGUUCUUUGUCAAGGAAGAGACCAUCGUCCUCAGCAAAUAGUCUCAGAAGUUGUCUUCAAAAAUGAAAUGUGUCCCCAAAAAAUUUCAAGUAGGGCGUUUCAAAACAAUUAUGAUACCAGCAGCUUGAUUAGAGUGAGGCUGUGAAAGUAGGUUACUUGCUAUUUUAAGCAUAGAUAAUGAAAUCAAUUUUCAUGUAUGGCCACUAAUGCCUGGUAGGGUUUGGAAAUAAGUUUGUAGUUCAUUUUGAGUUUUUUUGCAGUUGCUGAACAUUAAGUCCAGGUUGUUAGUGGUAAAGCAUCAUGCCUCUUACAUGUGUGCAAGUUUGUACUCUAUAGCAAAAGUUAGUUGUGAAGAAUGUAUCAUCUAUGAACAUAAGUCUGCCGGGUCACACAUGUCCACCAAACUGAAAGAUUAUGUCCAGCAUUAAAUUUUUGUCCAUCUCACUUAUUGUGGGGGGGAGUUUAUAUAUCACGGUCCUUAGAAGACAUUAACCAUGGUUUGUUACAUACAGAAUACUGAAGUAUGCAUAUACUUUUUUCAGUGUGUAGGACACUUUGAAUUUUUAACUGUUACUUCAAGGAAAUAUUCUAGCACAUUACAGGUACUAAGACUCAUUAAGAAGAGCUUUAUAUACAGUUCAUAUCUGCCAGAUGCAUUACUGAUAGUGGUGUAUACAGAAGUGCCUAUUAUUUCAUCAUAUUGUCUUCACAAUAAAAUGGCCCUAUACUCAA